CCCUCCUUUCCUCCUCUCUCAUAUUCUCAGUCAUCAACAUCGUCUUUUCAUCAGACUUCCACUACCAGAGUCUCUCAGUUCUAUCUAUCUCUUGCAGCUGAGAGCACUAAUUGUUGUUGGGGUAACUUUUCUCCUUUCUAAUACCCAACUUUCCUGCGAUAUAUAUUGCUGAAGACCCUAAGCAAUCAGCAUCGAUCAAUCUCAUUGGACAUAUGGGAUACAUUAGGAUUCUAAAGUUCUUUCCUAAUUUCAAGAAAAAAAAGGGAAGAGGAGUACGUAGAAAGUGAACAAGUAAAGAAUCAUGGCCGGAACGUUUAGAAAGUGCAUGAUGCUCUGUUGCACGGCAAAGGUCACGAAGGAAGAAGACAUGGCUUACGAGGAUGCCAUUGCCGGACUUUCGAAGCUGCUGAGUGAAAAAGCUGACCUCGAAGGUGUCGCCGCCGCCAAGAUCAAGCAGUUAACGGCCGAGCUGGAGGAGGCCGGGUCAAAUCAGUUUGACCCGGUCGAGAAGCUCAAAAGUGGGUUCGUCCACUUCAGGACGGAGAAGUUCGAGAAAGAUGUUGAUCUAUACGGCAAACUCGCCACUGGCCAAAGCCCCAAGUUUAUGGUAUUUGCAUGCUCAGAUUCUCGAGUGUGUCCCUCACACAUCCUCAAUUUCCAACCCGGGGAGGCUUUCGUGGUCCGAAACAUCGCCAACAUGGUCCCUCCAUUCGACACGACUAAACACUCGGGAGUGGGGGCUGCCAUUGAAUACGCAGUAUUGCAUCUCAAGGUGGAGAAUAUUGUGGUGAUCGGACAUAGCUGCUGCGGCGGUAUAAAGGGGCUCAUGUCGAUCCCGGACGAUGGGACCACCGCUAGUGACUUCAUUGAGAAUUGGGUCCAAAUCUGUGCACCAGCUAAGAAUAAGAUCAAGUCAUCCUGCGGUGACUUGAGUUUUGCAGACCAGUGCACCAGCUUGGAGAAGGAGGCUGUGAAUGUAUCACUAGGGAACUUACUGACAUACCCGUUUGUUAGAGAGGCUGUGGUGAACAAUACUCUGGCUCUCAAGGGUGGACACUAUGACUUUGUCGGUGGCGGUUUCGAGCUCUGGGAUCUUGAUUUCAACAUCACACCCAAUUUGACACUAUGAGCAUCAAACAUGGUCGAUCCAGAACCUCCCUUUCAUUUUCAUUUUCAUUAGAAUUCACCUCAAAGGUGCUUGUUUUGCAUCUGCUUUUGGAACUACAUAUUGGCAAAAUAAUAGUCAGUUAUGGCUUGUGUCAUAUGAAAAAUAAUGUGUAAAUGUUGAAUUAUAUAUAUAGUGAUUGUGAAAUGCUUCUGAUCACUCACUUAUUGGGCUAACCAGUCACAAUGCCAAGGCCCAACAUCUUAUUGGGCUA